AUGAAGUCUGCUCGCUGCUGUGGACGUCGAAAUCUUGCAUAUGUUCUCUGCAUCUACAUGAUCGCCAUCAAUGGCGUUCUUGCUCGUGUUCCCGGUGGAGGGAAAUCUUCUGGUAGUGGAGCGCCACCUGCCACAGGCAUUGCGUUCUACGCCAGUAAUGCAGAGUUCUAUCGUAGGGUCAAAGUGUUAGAAUCCCUAACGUGUUAUUCUACUGAGUUGGAUUAUGAUCUUUCGCGAUUAAGAUAUGAUAUAAGUCAAUCUGAUGCUUCAAUAGAAAUUAAAGAAGCAGACACAAAAGAGUGUGAUCAACUCAUUCGUGAUGUUAAACUUCUAAUUAGCGCAAGUGUAAAUUACACCGAAUUAAGAAAAUUGCUUAAUGAAUACCGCGCCAUAGCCAGAGGCCUUCAAAGGGAACAUAUAACGCAGGAAAGGCUCGCUGAGCUAAAUACGGAUCUGACGAAUCUAGAACAAGUGUUCGAAGUUAAAAAGCGGUUCGCAUCUGACAUCUUACGUGUAGACAACGCACCAUCUUAUAGAGAAACCGUUAUAAGGGCAAAAAGGUUUAUUCGAAAACAUAAAGUUCAGCCGUCUCCUCAAUCUCAUGAUCAACGGCCAUCGGGGGAGAGGGGGGUAAAUCUGCCAGCAUCCGAAAAAGAUUUAGUGGGCAAUAUAGGACAGGAUACUGAAGGGGAAAGUAUCCCGGAAUCCGAGGAAGGCAAUGAAAUGAUGCAAGAUUUACUCAACGACCGCUCUUUCUUUAAACGGUUUUAUGCAGUUCAGGCAAAGGCGGCAAAAAUAGGGGGCAUAGUACAUGAUCCUUUGAUAGAUGACGCAAACUUAGACGCAGCGGACAGGCUCUCCUCUGCAAAUGAUGACGUGAUUCCCGAUGAUAUUCAAUAUCAAUACGACACAUCUUAUGACAACAUGAUAGACAUCAGAAAUGCAUGGGAUAUUUACAAACGUUACAACGAUAUAAGUGAUGCACUAAAAAAGAUGGAUCCAACCUAUCCUCAAGCAAUUGAAUUCGUAAAAGAACAACGGGAACUUGAAUCAGAAUUCGAGGAGUAUGCAUUCUUCUUACGAACUAAAUCUCUAUGGGACCUUGAUCAGGAAUUAACGUAUUUACUUUUUAAGUUGGAGAUGUAUACAGGGAGCAGAGAAAAUGGCGAACCUAAGCAAAGUGGAAAUAAGCCCUCACGGCAAUGUAAAUGUGGAAUGGUCGGCAAUAUACGUGACACUAAGAAUACAAGAGUCUCUUCAGGAUUCGUGAAAAUGGAGAUCACCAUUAUUCGAACCGUGGUGGCAGCUGGUCUAAUUGCGGCGUUCUGA